CUCUCCUGCCUAGCUUUCUGCACAGGGCGUGUUGUGAGGGUGCCCAGAGGUCCUCUUAUUCGAGUCAUUGGCACGGAGGUGGUGAUCCCUUGCAGCGUUAGUGACUACGAUGGUCCCAGUGAACAGAACUUUGACUGGGAGUUCUCCCAGGACACGGACUUUGUGCGGAUAGUGAGUACCUGGGAUCCUGCGUUCACCUCUGAGGAGUACCAAAAACGUGUGGGCAACGGAGAUAUCCAACUGAGACGUAGCAGCAAUGACGCUGUGGAACUUGUGGUUAGAAACAUCCAGCCAACUGACCAAGGGAGAUACAAAUGCUCUACGCCCAGUACGGAUGCCACUGUUCAGGGAAAUUAUGAUGCAGAGGUCCAAGUGAAAGUGAUUUCUGAUGGCUUAUCAGUGAGUGGUCCGAAAGCACGUUCCUUGAUGUCUCUCAGGCUGUCUGAGGGUGACUCCUUCAAGUUGCGCUGCUCAGCAGUUACCACCUCAUUGGAGCACACUCACCUGCACGUGACUUGGCAGAUCAAAAGUGGAUUGACUUGGCAGGACAUCCUAUCUUUGACUCAUGAAGGCAGAUUCCAGCCAGGUCCUGGCUAUGAAGAGCGCUACCGUAACGGAGACAUCCGCUUGGACACAGGAGCCAAUGACACAUAUUGGUUAUCUGUAUCUCAGGCCUCGUCAGUGGAUGGAGGUGCCUACAGGUGUCUUGUGAGUGAAUGGGUGAGAGGGGCAGAUAAUUCAUGGCAGAAGAUUCAGGAGAAGAGCGUGGAGAUAGCGAGUGUGGCAAUCCAACGGACUGCUCUAGAUGUGGUCAUCUCAACAAGUAAUGUGUCUGUGACUGAAAGGGACUCACUGGAUCUUAUAUGCAACAUUACAACAGACAGAAGUGGUAUUUUCCAAGCAGAGGUGACGUGGUAUUUCUCUGCAUCACCUGAUGAUACCUUGUCAGAUGCUCAGGUUUUGCUGAGCAUGGACCAUGAUUCUAUUGUCAGUGACUCAACUCUCAUCAGCCUGAGCCAUGUGGAUAGGAACUCCUAUCGCCUGUUGGUGCGUGAUGUGGAUGUUGAAGACUCUGGCUACUACUUCUGCCAAGCAGCUGUCUGGGUACCACUGCACAAUGGGAGCUGGCAUAAAGUGGUGGAGAGGACAUCUACACCCGUCAGUGUGGUGGUGACAGCAUUAGAGCCAGACUAUGACGUGUUUCUGAAUGCCUCUAAAACACCCAAGUUUUCAGAUGACCCCACAGAGCUCAAUUGCAGGAUCACAAAUGCACAGGACACCGAAGCAAACAUCCGCUUCACAGUUUCCUGGUACUACAGGCAGCGCCUGCGCAGUGAUGAUGUGGUGACAGAGGAACUUCUGGCCACGAUGGAUGCCGACUGGACUCUGCUGCUUGGGGACAGAAGCAGAGAGCGGACUCAGAACGGGGAAAUAAUCUUCUCUAAAAAGUCUGUUGACACCUUCAGUUUACGAAUCCAGUGGACUUCAGAAAGUGACAGAGGGGAUUACUUCUGUGUCAUUUCUGCAUGGAGCAGGCACCGCAACAACAGCUGGGUAAAGAGCAAAGAUGUGACUUCUGCAGCUGUCCGCAUUUUCUGGGCUACACAAGAUUACACCCUUACAGUGGAAGCUGUGAAAUUGAAGCCAUUCUUUGUAGCAGGCCACACUUUUGAGAUGACAUGCAAAGUGUCUUCGCAAAACAUCAAGACGCCACGGUAUUCUGUCCUCAUUACAGCUGAGAAGCCGCUAACAGAUCAGUCAAAUCCCAAUGGAACCACUCGCAUAAUCUCCUUGAACCAGGAUUCAGUAGUGCGGCUGGAAGACUGGACAGACCAGACUCGUGUGGAUGGUGUGGUGCUGGAGAAAGUUCAGGAGAAUGAGUUCCGCUACAGGAUGUAUCAGACCCAGAUUUCUGAUGCUGGGCUGUAUCGCUGUGUGGUGACUGCCUGGUCUCCAGGUGGGGGUGGCAUGUGGCGUGAAGCAGUGAAUGGGUUAUCCAACCCUAUCCAGAUAGACUUCCAGACGUCAGGUCCUGUGUUUAAUGUCUCGGUGCAUUCUGACAACCCGACAGUUUACCAGGGUGAACUGGCAGAUUUGCUGUGUAUCAUCACAACAGAAGGAAUGGCACUUGAGCCAGAUGAUAUGUCCUUUGAUGUCUCCUGGUUUGCUGUGCGCUCCUUUGCAUUGGACAGAGAGCCUGUCUUGCUGGCCUCACUGGACCGGAAAGGGAUUGUCACGCAGAGCCGGAGAAACGGGAGCAGUGAUCUUAGCCUGGAGAGAAUCAGCCCCCUAGAAUUCCGGCUCCGUGUUCAUGGCUGUGAGGACCAUGACUUUGGGAACCACUACUGCGUAGUAACCCCAUGGGUGCGAUCUGCCACCGGCGUAUGGCAGCAGGAACCUGACAUCAAAGCCAAACCCAUCUUUCUAUCUGUAAAAAUGGAUGUUCUGAAUGCUUUCAAGUAUCCCCUGUUGAUUGGCAUUGGUCUGGCCACUGUCACUGGCCUCUUAUCCUGCCUCAUUGGCUACUGCAGCUCCCGUUGGUGCUGCAAGAAAGAAGUGCAAGAAACAAGAAGAGAGCGUCGCCGGCUAAUGUCAAUGGAGAUGGACUGAGCGUGGGAGCCAGACACUUGCAUUCUGGGAGAGACUCACGGGGUUCUUGGACUGUGCUGAGACACUCACAAGCGCAAACAAGACAGUGCAUUUCCUCUCUGAUUUCAGCCUGGACCU